AUGGUCUCGAGUUUCGUAACUCCAACAUCACCCUUGGUGAUAAAGGCUGAGUUAGUGGGACUCCUCGGUUCUAAGGGCCGGCCAUACUGGAACACACUCUCCGAGUUUAUCAAAGCCAAAAUAUCUCGGUCCGAAUUUGAGGAACGUGUAACUGAGUGGUUAAACACACCUCGUCUUGUCAGCCUUCACAAUUCACUUUUAACAGCUUUGAUAUACUCCGCAAGUGCUUCUUCAAACGGAGACCUCGGGGACGGUAUUAAUGGGGGUCCCAAACCUCGGUCUCGACGCCGGCUACUUGGACACGACAAAGAUGGCGAAUCUUCUCGGCUUCGUCGCUGGGCUGUUGAUAUGGGUCGCAAAGAGCGAGAGCGUGUCAGGAAUAAUGCCGGGGCAGGCCCCAGGACUGGCGGUCCGGCUCGAAGUAAACGUGGCGAUGCAGGUGCCAGCCCUGGUCUCAGGAGUGAGAUACGUAGCGAAAGGGGUGUUAGGUUGAUGAAGGAGCGCGGAAAUCCUCCUGGAACUCAUCUGGCCAUCCCGUUGUGCGAGUCUUCUAGGAUAUUACCAACACAGCAAAACCUAUUUGAUCGCAUGUCACUUAUUGCUUCACAACACGAUAUGACGUCUUCGAAGACGGCGGUAGCAUUACUCAUGACUUCCUCGAUAGCACUUGACCUCUCAGGCCCUUCCUCCUCAAGGGGCAGUGUAUUCAAUCCUCAGCGUGCGGACGCAGUGGGAAGUAAAGGCAGCGGUGCGGCUAUGGAAGCAGUUCUCACGCUGGCACCGUUCGAAGUACCCGGUAGUUCUGCCUCGACUCUGCUACUCGGAGACCAUGGAUACAAAAACCCUCAUCCUCCUGAAUCGGGUCCUGAAAAGGACGAAGAGGAAGACUACAACCCCAUGUUGAUCGACAGAACGCCCCCCAAGCCAGCUUUUAUGAAUGGAUAUGGGUUCCGAAGGCCGGAUCCGAGCGCAACGGGCAGCGCAGAACUUUGGAAGAAACUUAUAUCUCAGGAUAAGAACUCGUCUUCAGAAGUCGUGAAGAGCCGCACUCUGGUCACUGGCGCUGCUUGA